AUGCCCCCAAUCACCUGCCACAUUUUGGACACCACGCUGGGCCAGCCGGCGGCGAGCGUGGAUGGCCGAAUGGGUGCCAGCCGGGCCAGACAGCCAACUGCUCAAGAGUGUCGGCUUCGAAAACAACCAGUGGACCAGUCUGGCGCCAGGCGUGUACCAGAUCCGCUUCCACACGAAAAACUACUUUCUGAAGCGCGACGGAAAGACGUUCUUCCCCUUCAUCGAUAUCACGUUCGAGGUGCCUAA